AAAUUAAAGUUUAUUUUAGUUUUGAUUUAUAUAUGAAAAUUUAAAAUUAUACAUAGUAUUAUAAUUAUAUAUUCAAUGAUAAUAAAAAUUUCAGCUGAUUAAUUUUCAAAAAUAAAAAUUACAAAGAUUUUGUUAGAAAGAUUCAUUUUUAUUUCAAAUUAAAAAAAAAGAUAUUUUAUCCAACUUAGUGUAUUUCUCAAAUAUGAUGUUUACAACAAACUUAUUUUGAAGUACAGUGUAUUAUAGUAUUUCUUUAAAAGAAAUUCUUUACAGUAUCUCAAAAAAUUUCUUCUCUACUAUAUAGAUCCAAUUUAAUUUGCUUUCAUAUAAAUUUUAAAUAAAAAGUAUGUAAAGUAACAUUAUUACAUAAUAAAGUUUCCAAAAUAAUUUUUGUUACAAAAAUACAAAAUUUAUAGUAAUAAUAUAUAAGCCACGUAAACAUAGCUAUUAUAGAAUUACAUAAUAUAUAAUACUAAAUUACAUUAAGUUAUUGGUAAAUUUUGUUAUAUAAACUAAAAUAUUUUAGUAUAGAAAUGAGAAACCCGCACGGUUGUGCGGGUCGAGAUCUAGUUGCUAAUUAAUUCAGUUAGACUAUUAACUCCGGUCUCCUAACCAGGGGUUCUUAGCUGCGGCUACGAGACGGUUCUUAGCUUUUAACUAAGAAAAACUAAGAAAUGUCUCUUAAAGAAGAGAUAUAAGAGACGUCUUUUAGUCGAAACACGUAAAAAAAAUGUUAAACCAUGAGUUAGAAACCUUAAAUAAGAGAUCAGGGUUAAUCAUGCUCUUAGUACGUUCCUCGAUUAUACGACUAACUAAUUCAAAUACUGUAUAGUUUACUCAAACGACCUUUUCUUAAACAUAUAGGUCACUAUGUUACAAUGUCAAAUCACAUUAAAGUAGAUUACGAUUAAACAAGGGGUUUAAAGUUCAUGGGACACCAGUCACACCACCAUCAUCAUGACUUUUAAUGCAAAGACGUGAAACCCACGUAAACACGAACCACCCUCCCAACAAAACUACUACAACAACCAAAAAAAAACAAAUCGAGUUGGAACGGUUGAAAAUGAGAUUGAAGUCAAAUUUCAUUAAACUGAAAUCAAAGAUUUCGAAAUCAUGCAACCGGUUCAUCUCCUUCUUUCUGGCUCGAGUUCGAAAUGUGAAUACCACACAAUCUUCUUCUUCAACUAUGUUGUCUUGUCUUUGUUUCCUCAGUACUAAUAAGGAGCAAAGGAUGAGCCAGAUCACACCUAGAAGCUCCUCAUCUAGUGUGGUCGAUGAUCAAAACCUUCUGCUCUCAAGAAAGAUGUUUUCGUUGGCUAUGACGCAAAGAAACAAUCCAGCGAGGACGAUAAAAAGAGAGGAAGAUGCUGUGAAAGAGGCUUGCAGAAGGUUUGAGGACUAUAUGAUCCAUGUGAUCGUUGAGGAAGGGAAGUUUGAUUACUUGAUGGACAUGGAAGAGGUUAACUAUUAUUGGAAUAAUCUUAACGAUCCUAUCUUCAUUGAGCUUGUGACUAGGUUCUAUGGAGAGCUCUGCACAGACUUGUUUCCAAGCGACUGACGCUUGAACAUGAUCAAAAUGGGGUUUUAUCUUAUCUUUAUUAUUUGGUUUUACAGCAAGUGAGAGGUGGGAAUAACGUUCUUGCAACGAAAUGAGGGAAGCUUGAGUUCACUAUACAAACUAUUUGUCAAUUAAUGGAUGCCAUGUUUUUUCACACAACUA